CUUCUUUCUCUCUCUCUUUUGUCCUCCGCUUUCUUAGAUCUCUCCCCGAAGAAGAGGAAGAAGACGAACGAGAAGAGGAGGGAACCCCAAAACCCUCGAACCAAACCCUAGCGAAGACGCCAUGAGCCGCGGGACCGGAGCGGGAUACGAUCGCCACAUCACCAUCUUCUCCCCCGAGGGUCGCCUCUACCAAGUCGAGUAUGCUUUCAAAGCUGUGAAAGCCUCGGGGAUCACUUCGAUUGGAGUGCGGGGGAAGGAUUCGGUGUGCGUUGUUACUCAGAAGAAGGUCCCGGACAAGCUAUUGGAUCAAACUAGUGUUACUCAUCUCUUUCCCAUCACAAAAUAUCUUGGAUUGUUGGCCACUGGAAUGACAGCUGAUGCGAGGUCUUUAGUCCAUCAAGCAAGGAAUGAAGCUGCAGAGUUCCGUUUCAAAUGGGGAUAUGAAAUGCCGGUGGAUGUACUGGCUAAGUGGAUUGCAGACAAAUCACAGAUAUAUACCCAACAUGCGUACAUGAGACCUCUUGGAGUAGCGGCUAUGGUCUUGGGUAUCGAUGAAGAAAAAGGACCUCAACUCUUCAAAUGUGACCCUGCUGGUCAUUUUUUUGGUCACAAGGCUACAAGCACUGGUCUCAAGGAGCAGGAAGCGAUCAACUUUUUGGAGAAGAAAAUGAAGAACGAUCCUGCUUUUUCAUACGAAGAGACUGUGCAGACUACAAUAUCUGCAUUGCAGUCGGUCCUUCAGGAAGACUUCAAGGCCACAGAGAUUGAGGUUGGAGUCGUGAGAAAGGAAGAUCCAGUGUUCAGAGUGCUAUCGACGGAGGAGAUUGACGAGCACCUCACGGCCAUCAGUGAACGUGAUUGAGUCCGAAGAAUCUGAAUUGCUGCUGCUGCUGCUGCAUCCUCUGCUUCUGUGUUUUUUAGAUCAUAAUUAUAAGAAGGGUUGCAGAAAUGUUAAUUUGCAAUAUGCUGCUGAUAAACAUAGAAUUAAACUUUUGAUGAUCUCCUUUGGGAAUCUUCCAAUUUAUGCCUUGUUUUGUAUGCUUCUUAGCUGGUAAUCUGGGAUUCAAUCAUCCUCCUGAAAGGUAUAUCAACAAUGUUUAUUUCUGUUGUGACUUGGUUUUAUCUUCGGUAAUGAACAUUUUCGUUCACUUCGGAUGCGUCA